UGUUUUAAGCCGCCAUGUUUGAUAGAAGAUGAACUAUGUAAGCAGGUUUGCACAUCACCACGAGAAAGUUGCGGUCACCCCUGUGCAGCACAAUGCCAUGAAGGAGAGUGUCCGAAGGUUCCUUGUAAGAGCAAGGUAAUACUGGGAAACAUUAGGGAGUUCGCGUAUAUGUAAGACGGCGACGUCAGGACGACGUCUAAGUCUAGCAGGAGUUUUGGACGUCGUCCAACGGCAAAAUACGUAUUUUCACGUCUCGUAUAUAGUACGCUAGCAUUUCAAGCCGUGACAGGUUUGAGUUGAUCAAAAUUGCUCUCCAGGUCAAAUCGCUGUUUUACUCGUUCGAAACUGUAUAAAUUUAUACGAAAGUGAAUACAAGACAAUUUUUUACCACUAUAAGCGGAAUUUUGCGCGAUGAGUGGAGUUUGUCUUUGUCUUGGCAUUUCUCGGGUGGAGCUAUAUAAUUAGAAAAGAACAAGAAAAAUUCCACUCCGCGCGCAAAAUUCUGUCUUGUGGAAAACCGACUUAUUGGGAAAUAACUGAAGCGUACAUUAUAUUUUUGUUUAAUUUUUUUUAGUCUUGCACAAACAUAUGUCUUCAAAAGAAAAUAGUAAAUAUGCAUGCCUGUAUAGCACACUUUUAGUAAUUAUUUAAGUGGUAUUCCUUAGGACAUUAUAAUUAUACUAUCAAUAUGCUUUACGCAAUGUUAUAUCGCACUGCUCUAGCUUCGUAUUUAUUGUCCAUGCGGUCGAAAAUCUGAAGAUGCUAUUUGUCUGAAGGGUGGUGACAAAAUGGAUGUUGCCCAAGCUUACCAAAGGUAUAUCCCCGCUACGUUUUUAACAGGUUCAGAUUUAACUACCAAUACUGUACCUUUCACUGGUUUAGUACCAUCUGAUUGGUUAAUCAGAUAUUUCAAAAGCAUUUGAUUGGUUAAUGGUCCUUUACUGGUAACGGUAGUGGAAGUCAAAUCUGCACCUCUCUAAUGUUUGUUUGUGGAGGUCUGCCAGUCGCGUUCACUCAACCAUUUAAAUACGAAUGGUGUCGUAUUUUUCCAGGUUUACUACUAAAAAUUUGGCUGAAAAGAUAAAGGGUCUGCAAGGAGGACAAACCGUGGAUAUCAGUGGAUUAAUGAAUUUGGACGAGCGAAAAUCUCAGUAAGUGUAAUUUAACCCUAUCUACAAUGAUUUAUGCUGUUGCGCGUCAUCUCUUUUCUGGCUUCCUUAACCUUGUUUCCAAUUCUCGCAUAAGACAAAUCAUAGGUCCCUGUUGGCUGAUAUAGUGAAAUAUACCUAUAUGCAUGCUAUUAUUUGCCGUCUUUGGCUAUACUUGACCAGUAUACUUAAAUUAACCUGUAAAUACAACUAAUUUAACGUUGUCCUCUGUCCGAUUAUAAGCCGGUUAGCUUAACCCCGGGUUAACGAAAAACGUCAAAGCAAUAAAUAUGGAAUUAUUUCAUCAGAACUUUUAUUUUCGAAAGUUUUGAAAUGGAUAGACAUGUAGAAAUACAGAAACCAAGACAGCAGGUUAAGGUGAAAUCUCGCAAGCGCAAAACGUCGACCUCUAUAUAAGCGCGACAAGCACAAUGGGUGUGUUUAUUAUUACAGUAUUAGAUUGGUUAUGCAUCCAUGUUAGAACAGUACUUGUUAUGUUUUACUGAUCAAGUAUAUGUCUACUACUUAUGCUAAUACAGUCAUGAUGAAUUCUGACGGGUUUGCUAUUAAAUUAUGUUGGACGAGCAACAAAGAUCCGAAAUAUAUAUGGUGUAUUUCUGACGGUAUAUACUUGCUCUGCCUUCGGUAUACCCGCUUUUGCUUUUUUGUUGCUCGUAUAGCUAAAUUUACUCCUUAACCGCUCUUUUUCACUUUUCCUAAUGUAAUCUGAAUGCGUAAUAAGUAUAGGCUCACAAUUGUUUUUAAUUAAAUGAUCUAUUUGUUAGCAUAUUUUAAACGUUUUACAGUGGGGGUAAGAGUAAGGUUAGAGCCCAUGCAGUCUGAGCCACUAACUAACAUGGCGGGGCCUGUUCUUAUAAUAACUGUUUCUUAGUCAAAUAGUGAUGUUCUUUAUUUAGGUUAGAUUGUGAUGAUGAGUGCGCUCGUCAGCAACGAAACAGGUAUAUAUGUCGAAACGUAUGUCCCAGGCUUCUGCGCUGAAGUAUAUAUUAUAAUAAUUACACUUGAUAUGAUUUCACAAUAUCAUGAUAUUAAUAGUAAUCUUUAUUGCCAGAACUUUCAAAAAGGACUUCAUUUACAUGACAUGCAUUAUGUUAAUCCUAAACUUAACUCUAACCGUAAAUAGUAAAUGUAGAUGUUAACAUGUUUUGAAACUGUAAUACAGCAGAUCGUCUUCGAUCAUGUCCUGGUUUGUACCAAAUUGCUUAUAUUUUACGUACAUCCAUCUUUUGAACUUUUAUUCCAGAGCGUUAGCUGAAGCUCUUGGUAUUUCUCGGCCAGACACCCCUGAAGUUGUCCAAUAUCCUCAUUUCGUGGAAGAACAUGGACGGUAUGUGUUGUUCUGUAAUGUGAUUUAUUUUGAAUAUGACAACGACAAUACCAUUACACCAUUUUGAUAAUUACGUCACAAGUCCCUCCAUGGCCCGGAAGUCUCGUUCUCGUCAUGAUUCAUGAGUACAAGGAUCCAACGAGGUUUUCGUCACUUUAUGGAAAGUUUGCAUUGUUUUGGGACGUCAUACAAGGCGUUGGAGCCUGUGUAGGGGAAGAGAAAAGUGCAAAUAAUCAUGCGCAGAUUUGCGCAUAGGAAUCACGUGAUUAUCUAUAUAUACUGCUACGUGAACCUGUUCUACACUUAUUUCUGACUGCUGUAAUUUUUUGCUCAUGACAGAGUUUUUUUUAAACCAACUGACUGUGCGAUUUGACUGAACAUCAAGAUUACGUAAAGCCUUUGUUCAAAUUUGAUGUAUAUACAUCCGUUGAUAAUUUUACACGAUAUCAUUUUUAGGGCAAAUAUGAAGUUUGUUUAUUUUGUUGAAGAUGCCUUGGAUUAUUUAGUCAAGAACGUUGCAAAGGUGAAGUUAAAUUGAUGCUACUGAACUUUUAGCUUUGAUAUAUAGUCGUGACGGUCCUAAAUACACAGGCACGAUAUUUCUUGAAAAUUUGCGGCGAAUCACAAUUUUCAGUACUUCUAAUUUUCUGGGUUUUUUCGUCGUCGAGAAAUCGAGUUUGAGUUAGCGCAUCGCAGGCUCAGUUUUCAAGUCCCCCGAAAAUUAUUAAAAGUUGGAUCCUGGAAAUGGCAUUUGCAACAUUCUGAGAACACAUUUUGUAAAAAACUUUAGGUUUUCAAAACACUGUUUUAAUCCGCCACUGAGUAGUGCAUCUACAGUAUUGCUGCAUUAAUUACUCGAGCUCAGCUCGAGUUAUAGUUUCAGUCGGGGUUUUUUUUCUCGCAAGACUUAUUCUCCCACGCGGCCACUCUUAAUUCUGACCAAUCGAAACAAAUCGUGAACGCAUUUGAUUAUUUGUGAUUAUCUUAUUGGCGUUCAAUGGCUCAUUUGACUUCCUGCUCUCGUGCUAUUACUUUGUUUACUCUCUGAGGACUGUACUCAGCAGUACUCUUUAAUACAAAAAGUUUAAUAAUAGUGGAUUUUAAUAUGCGUACUCGAUCAAGUAUUUGUCAAUGUAUGCUUUCUACGUGUAUUCGUUAAAAAGUAAACGGCUGUACGCUUUCUAAGCGUAAUCGAUCAAAACGUAAACGGCUGUGCCUGUACGCAUAUUUUGUGUGCUCCAUCUAGUUUAUAUUCAAAAUAUCUAUCACAUGUAUCUAAACUAUCCAAUUUAAUUCCAUCGGAAUCGAAAUACUAGUCUACAUGCGGCAGUCGGGCAGCGUGCCCGGCAGGCGGCAGUCAGGAAAUUUAGUCCUAAAGUGUUAAAAAUAUUCUCUUAAAAAACUUAAACCCACCCCACACACAACCCUAACUCCUAAUCCUAAGACCUAAGCUUAAAAUCAUACUCGAAAGAAGUUGACUGAAAAAAAAAUUUUUAACUUGAAAAUAAAACUGUUGCUCACGGGGCUUGAACCCUGGAACACGCUUCACAGACGGGCGCCUAAACCACUGCGCCACAAAGGGACUCGGUUAUCUCGUAAAUAAUGCACUUUAAAGGAGUAAACUAAGAUGUAAAAUGUAUUAAAUCUUGAUGCGAAUACGCUGAAUACGCAGAUAUUUUGCAUUUGCCCGAUAAUCGAAAGGCGAUGCCUGCGGAGGAGGCUAUGCAAAUCCUUUAGGUCGAUUAAACGCUUAGCAAGCGUCUUGUUAUUGAUAAUAUCAAGAGAAUCGUGUGCGUCAUUCAAGAUUUUGUACCCAUGUCUUUGUCGUAGGUCCAGAGUCAACAACUGAGUCAUUCCUUUGCACCAAUGAACAACAAGAGCCGACGUUUUAUUCACGAACUGGCGACGAUGUACGGGUGUACGUCGAUAAGUUACGAUCAAGAACCGAACCGAAAUAGCGUUGUCACCGCUAAUAAGUAAGUUCAUUGUAGCAUUGCACCAUGCAUGUUGUCAUUUCAAUUUGGAAAUUUUGCGUUUAUAUUCUUCUAAAGAAUAAUAGAUCUUUAGAAGAAUAUAAACGCAAAAUUUCCAAAAUGAAAUGACAACUUGCAUGGUAGCCAGUUUUCCACUUCGACCGUACCGAAACGUACUGGUGAGCAUGCGUAGAUUGAAAAGAGGUUGAUAAAUCCACGUUUUUCCGGCCGGGUGUAUUCAACACCGCGGAAAAACGUCUGCGCAUGCACCAAAUUAUGAAAAUAUGGCGGGGAAUUUGAAUAUCAAUUUCUAAAACAAAAACAUGCUUAUUAAUUGGUCAAAAAUUAGUAAAACAAACGAGAAAAUAUAGCAAAUGGGUAGACUAGACAUUAAUUGAAAGCGUCCUGGCAUUUAAAGUAUGGAAUGAAAUAUAAUUCAUGUAAAAAAUUGUUGAUUUUAACGGACACAACUUCGAAAAUUUUUGCAAAAUUAUUCAAAACAAAAAUUCAAACUAAAAAGUUAAGAAAACUCUCGAAAAGUUAAGCUUCUUAACCCACUCAAAUUGUUGAAUAAAUCCUAAAGUUUAAUUAUUGUGAACACGAAAUUUUUUUAUAUUUGGCGACACUGUUUUUUUUAAAGAAAUGUAUCUCAAACGAAAAUACGGAAAUUGUCGUUGCUUAGUUGAUAAACAAAAUGUUUCAGACGAUAAAUUUGUCAACAAUCACCUUUAGUUCAUGUUCUUGUACAAUACAAUUUCUUGAACCUUCUGGCUGUAUUUAUUCCUAGUUUUUAGAAUGACAUGUUUAUUUUUGCGCUCGAAAUCUGGCUGUAAAGACGCACAAUAUAGUCACUCCUUUUUACCGCCAUUUUGUGCCUUCGGAAACGUUCGGAACAGCUUCUCAUCAAGUUCGCAAUACUAUUACAGGUAAGGUUGACGCAUGCGCAGACGUUUUUCCGCGGUGUUGGUGUAUUCGCGUAUCAAAAUGAAGACUUCGUCGCACGUCAACUUUUUGGCGUACUAUGGAAGUAUUAACCAAUCAACAUUCACUAAAUUUUGAAAUUUAAAAAUGUUUUUGAUGCGUUUCGGUACUGUACGCUUGAAGUGAAAAAAUGACUGAACUGUACGUCACGGAAUGAAACGUUCUCAAGAAUUUGGAUAUUUAUUUUACACUAAUUGAUCGGAUUUAUUAAUUUCAAAGAUAGAUCAUACUCUAAAAUGUAUAUCAUUACAAAUUUAUUGAUUAUUCUAUAGAGACUCGCGGUGUCCUCGUGUGAAACUGUCGUCUCAACUUCAGCGUCAAAUGAACCCUCAGCCUCCACCACCUGUACCUGUCCUGCCUGAACAAGGAAUAGGAAAUGUCAAGUAAGUAUGCAUACACGUUAUAUGAGACUUAUGAAUGUGAAAGGAAAGGCAUUGCAAGGGAAAGACAUUGCAGGGGCAACAAGAAGGCCUAUGGACCAUGGCCGGAGUUUGAGGGGUGGUGUGGGGAGGUGCGCAACUCCCCCUAUAAGAUCGUUUUGCAUCUCCCCUGAGAAUUUUUGCACCUCCCCUGAAAAAUCAUGCACCUCCCCUUGGGAAAGUUUCAAUGAUAGAUCAAAGUGAAAAUUUGAUUUGGUUGCUUAGGGUCUACACUUCGUUAGGGUCUACACUUCGUUAGGGUCUACACUUCGGUCCACACUUCGUUUCGGUUGCUUAGGGUCUACACUUCGUACGAACGUUUUUCUGUAAAAUUGAAACAGUGAUAGCCAAUCAUCUCUGUGUCAAGUAAAGAACCUUUGCAGUAAUUGUAAUGAAGGGCAAGAUUGGACGAGUUGUACAGUCAUAAUUUAUUAAUACACUACAUGCAUACGUCAUAAUGUACACUACAUGCAUACGUCACGUCGUUCACUUUGGCCCUAACUUUCCAUGGGGGUCGUGAGCUAACCCGCUGCACCUCCCCUAAAUUGUUCCCACCUCCCCCACUAUUUCCACCAAAAUCCGGUCUUGCUAUGGACAGGGGUUGAAAUAGGCAGGCGCCAGAUCGUCAAUUGCGACUCAGUAUUUCAUCUGGCUACCAGAUAUUUGCCAAAGGUAGGCCUGGGUAACCAUCGUGGUGAUCGAGAAAAAGUUAAAAUAAUUAAGUAAUUCUGAAGCCUUAAAAUAUCUCGGUGUCCAUUUCAUUAUGCUUAUGCAUAUAGUUUGCCAACAGAUUAAACAAUUGGGGUUUUUAUGUUAUCUAUAUACAAAAGAGAAGGGAGACCUGAUAUUAAAUUUGGCGACCAGAUUUUAUUCACUGGUUGCCUCUUGGACGACUAAAAAAUUCUUAAAAUUUCGAUCCCUGCCUAUGGAGCGCUAACUCGCUAGUGCUAUGGAAAUAGGCAACUUUAGAUUUUAGAUAUGCUUAUGUGUGGUACUACAAUCUUGAAUCACAUAGCCAUAAGGUAAAGGUUAAUGGUUGACAUAACUACCAAACAUCCAUCACUUGUAGUGACAUACCUGUACAAAGAUUUUCAUGCAGCAUACAGUUAAUGUAAAAUGAUAGAGAGUUCUCACUUGGCAGUAGUGAUAUGCCACUUGUACAGUAUUCGGCGAUGUCUCAGUGUAUUUUGUACAAGUUCCGCUCCAAAUCAUUGGCAUACUGCCUUCUUUCAAAGUUGCUGUGAUUGAAAAAUUGGCGUCCAAAAGACAUUAUACUUUAUAUGUCGCUUUGAGCGGAUGUAAGAUUUCCAAUAUUAAAUGAACUUCAGAUCUCUAUCCAGUGUAACCAUAUAUUGCGGUAUCCCAGUCCCAGGGGUCAAACAACGCCCGAGUUCACCCUCCAUAUAUAGAGAGAGAGCUCACUGGUUUCAGCCUUCAAAAUCCUAUUCAGUGGAUAAUUAUUUUCUUUUUAGAUUUAUAGAAAGAAGAAAAUCACAAGAGAUGGCGACAGUAGACUACUUCGCCGACGACUUAUAAUUUAAGAAACCAGGCAAGGAAAGUAAAAUUAAGAAUUAAGAAACCAUGCAAGGAAAGUAAAAUUAAGAAUUAAGAAACCAUGCAAGGAAAGUAAAAUUAAGAAUUUCUAAAUAUUGUUUUUAAAUAACGUAACGUCUGGGUUAAUUACUGUAAAAGUUGCAUACUAUAUAAAUCCUUUUCGUGCUGUGGAAUGAGUGCAAAAUUAUAUUAGUACUUGAAUAUUGCAGCUAUUUGUGAAU